AUGCGUGAACAGGCCAGCAAAUACCAGAACAUUUUCGCCGCCCUCGACUCGGAUGAAGAGGACGCGCCUCGCGUGAACAAGAAGGCAACGCUGCCCACCUCGACCCCUGUGACACUGAACAAGCCUGCUGCUGGCAACAAGAAGUCUGGCAACAAAAUGAGCUUUACUGGUGACAAGAAGGACCAGCGUGGCCCGCGUGAGGGCGGUCGUGGCCCGCGUGAGGGCGGUCGUGGCCCACGUGAGGGCGGUCGCGGUCCUCGUGAACGUGGUGAUCGUAGUGGACGUGACGGCCAGGGUCGUGGCAGCCGUGGUUUUCGUCGUGACCGUGACCAAGAGCGUCACAGCGGCACGGGCCGUGGCAAGGAGGCAAUCAAGCAGGGCGGUGGUGCCCACAACUGGGGCAACAAGGCUGACCCGAACGAGCAGAUGGCCGAGGCCGCCGUUCAGGAGGGCGCCAAGCCCGUGUCGGAUGAGGAGGCUGGUGCCGAGGAUGCUAAAGAGUCACGAUCGGGCGAUCUGUUUGCUGAGGUCGAGGUUCGUCAGGUGACCAACCAAUUCUCCAGCGCGGUGCAGAUCACCAAGGAGGGAAAGACCCCUGACUUUAUCGACUCGCAGUACGAGAAGGUGUACAGCAAGAAGACAUCUGGCCGCAAGAAACAGCUCAUCACCGAUGUGGGCUUCCGCUUGGAAAAGCCGGAACGUUUUACGCGUGACAUGGAGUCGUCGCGUGGCGGACGCGGUGGCCGUGGUGGCCGUAGCACUCGUGGCAAUGGUCGCACUGGUGGCCGUAGCGGCCGUGGUGCCAACGCUCCGAACGUGACGGACAUGAGCGCUUUCCCCAGCCUCGGCUAA